GCAUAAACAGAGGUAUAGCCCACCCGAAACGAAUGGCUUGUUUACAAACCUACGUCAGCUGCGUUGCACACCUGCAUCACAAGGCAAAGUUUCUAAAUGAGGUGAGCAAUGCAACAGCUCGAAAUUUUCAAAGUAAAUACCAGUACCAAAGUAAGUACUGCUUUUGACUAGUACUUUGGAGGCAGGCAUAAACAAAGGUAUAGCCCGCCCGAAACGAAUGGCUUGUUUACAAACCUACGUCAGCUGCGUUGCACACCUACAUCACAAGGCAAAGUUUCUAAAUGAGGUGAGCAAUGCAACAGCUCGAAAUUUUCAAAGUAAAUACCAGUACCAAAGUAAGUACUGCUUUUGACUAGUACUUUGGAGGCAGGCAUAAACAGAGGUAUAGCCCACCCGAAACGAAUGGCUUGUUUACAAACCUACGUCAGCUGCGUUGCACACCUGCAUCACAAGGCAAAGUUUCUAAAUGAGGAUAAUCCCCCCGUUGCUAUGUGUUUGGUUCCCGCUACCUUUUAUGGUCUAGUACUAUGGAGUGAAAUGGUUUUUGCAGGCGAGAUCCCGGUUCUUCCAAGACCCAAGGUAUAUGGCGACAGGCUGUCGAAACGAGUCUUGGAUCCCCGAUACAGGCUAGUAAAUAAGAGGAUCGUGCUGUACCACAACUUCUUCCGCACGCGAGUGGAUCCUCCGGCAAGCGACAUGCUCGAAAUGACGUGGCAUUCUGGAGCAGCAGACGAUGCGCAGCGUUGGGCAGACUCUUGCCAAUUACUGACACAUGACAAUGCCACCGGGCGGUGGGUUGAUGAGUACGGAUCUUGUGGGCAAAAUAUUUUUGUAUCCAACGUCAAGGUUCCCUGGUUCUUCGCCAUCAAGAUUUGGUUUUUAGAGCAUCACAAUUUUUCUUUCGGUGACCAGCGGAAUAACAUCCCAUCGAGAGUUGGUCACUACACGCAGAUGGUUUGGUACAGCUCGCACAAGCUGGGAUGUGGUUUCCAAUAUUGUGGCCGAAAUGUGACUAAGAAGCCCUACUACAACUACGUGUGCAACUACUGUCCUAUAGGAAAUUACCCAGAGAGGUUUGGACAGCCUUACACGAAGGGUAAACCUUGCGCAAAGUGCCCGGGACACUGCCGCUCUAAAAGGCUUUGCACCAACCCUUGUGAACACGCCGAUUUCUGGGUGAACUGCCGUGAAAUUGCUCAACACUGGCGCCACUGGCUGUGCAGCAAUCCGAAGGCUGAGCGUUACAAGGCCUGUCGAGCUACGUGCGGCUGCCAUGAAAGGAUUCGUUGAGUUACAGCACACUCAUCUUAGUGCUUCGCUCGAAAGUCGGGCGGAUGGAAACACGCCGAAACAGACAUCAUAUUAAUAAAUACCGCAACUCCU